AUGAGCGAGCCAUCGCCGCCGCUUCCGCCAACCACGACAGCGGCCAGUGGUGAACGUCGGCAAUCAGUUCGAUCAGCCGGCAAGAAUAAGACGCCCCUCCCAAGAUACACAUCGAUUGAUUUGGAGAAUGAGAUUCCUGAAAUGUUCAACACGUCGUUGAAUCCGAAUCUUCAUGAUCCCGAUAUGACCAUGUUUUUCAAUCGAAAUGCUCCACCGUUUCAUACGAACUACUCAAAACGACACAGUCCGCCGCCGAGUUAUUCGUCGAGACAAAAAACUGGAAGCACAUCUUCAACCUGGUCGACAUCGACAUCUUCAAAGCCUGAAGUAAUAAAUCGCAAACGAAUGGUUUUCAUUUUCCUAUUCUUCUGCAUUUUCCUUAUAAUCCCAUUGUUAUUCCUCAUGUUCUUCUUUGUGAUUCCACAAGCAAUUGCUCUUAAUAAAUCAAUGUUCUAG